AUGGUAGUCGUUAUUCUGGGUCUGGCAGCUGAGAUGAUAGGUGAUCGGACAGCGGCUGAGAAUCAUGCUGCUGGGAUGGCGAGGAUAGUGGAUUUAAGGGGUGGACUUGAGAUGUUGAGGUUUGAUAAUCCCAGAUUACCAGCCAAAGUUUGCAGAGUCGAUAUUGGUCUAGCCCUUCGCUUCGGCUGCAAGCCUGUAUUCUUCAACAAAGACAUAUCCUGGAAUCCAUAUCUUUCAAGCCAAAAUUUACUCCGUCAUAAAAAGAAGUAUCCGGAUGCGAGCCACGAUAUGAAAGCCUUUUUGAAAAAUCUUGAUCCUAGGUUAUCAAACGUGUGGAGAGAUUUCGAAGAGUUCGCAAAGCUCAGCAACAUCGCCAGCCAAACUGGUCGAAAACUUCAACCCAACAUCUUUAGCGAAGCCAUGGUGUCGAUUCUUUACCGACUACUCGCUCUGUCUCCAGAAUCAGCUUCAGAAAACGCUUUUCGACUUGGAAUGAUGACGUUCGCUGCAAGUAUCUUCUUCAGAUGGAGAGAUAUGAAGCAAAGACAAGCAUAUCUGGAUGGGUCCUUCAGGGACGCGUUAAUGGAGUUGAAGAAGGCUACAACUCAGCUGCCCACUGCUGUUUUUCUGUGGCUUCUGGUGGUUUGGAGAAUAAGUUCUGUACAAAUUGGUUGUGAUGAAGCCAUUGACGAGUGGUUCUUAGAAGUCAUGGAUGGCUUGGGGAUAUGUGCAUGGCCAGAACUGCAUGUGGCAUUGAAGUCUGUUCUCUGGAUCGAUUGCUUGUUCGAUGCACCAAGCAAACGAAUUCUUAUGCCUAUUCUGGAGGAGGCUGCUGAAAAAGGGACGAAGGCUGAUCCAUGGGUUGCUGGUCAACAAAAUCUCGUGUCCUCUUAG